GCGAGAGGCCUCUCGGAUCAACAAAUAAAGUUGCAUGAACCUCGAGAACAGAGAAUUUCGGCUAACUCCACAACUGACCACAUCCAGAGGUGCUUCUUCAACAAGUUACCAGUUUUUUUUUCUCCUUUUCUGACGCCUUCGUGAUAUCUGAGCCUAUUCGCCAAACCAGCUGGUUCCAUUUCGACUUUUCCGCACCCCGUUGUCAAUUGGGUAGUUCGCGGAUUAAGUCUGCUCCACGCGAUUUGCAAACCUAACCUCCUCCCUACCCGCGACUUCCAGGGUGUUUCGAAUACCACGACAUCAAGAUGGGUCAGACAGUUUCGUGGUUGUCCAGCUGGGUUUGGGCAAAGAAGGAGAUUAGAAUUCUGAUUCUGGGCCUGGAUAACGCAGGCAAAACGACGCUCCUAUACAGACUGAAGAUCGGCGAGGUGGUUACAACGAUACCCACGAUCGGGUUCAAUGUCGAGUCGGUGACAUACGGGAAACUCAACUUCAACGUCUGGGACCUGGGCGGACAAACAAGUAUUAGGCCGUACUGGAGGUGCUACUAUGCCAACACGGCUGCUGUCAUCUUCGUGGUCGACUCCACCGAUAUCGAGCGUCUGCAAACGGCCGCCGACGAACUUGCAGCAAUGUUGAACGAGGAUGAGCUCAAGGACGCUGCCCUGCUAGUUUUUGCCAACAAACAGGAUCAACCAGGGGCAAAAGGAGCAGCCGACAUCUCUCAAGCCCUCCGGCUUGGCGAACUCAGAGACAGAAACUGGAGCAUCAUGGCAUGCAGUGCGGUGGAGGGAUCGGGUAUCAAGGAGGGAAUGGACUGGUUGUCGCAAACCGUUUCACAGGAUUAAGAGAAGGCCCGGGUUUGAAUACACCGAACACGGCUAUUUUGGUACAUGACACGUAUGCAUCUCAUAUAUUAUUCCGGCCACUUGGGUAUUGGACAAGGUGGUUGGCCUUGCGGCGUUUGGCGGGGGAGCUGCCCAGGCUCAUGGACGACAUAUUAUGCGACGGCGUAUGCUGCAUCAGAAGGGGUGGGACAGCGUUUCGUUAGAUGGAUACAUGACUUACAACUUUUAAUACAAGGGACGCCAGGCUCCGAAGGGCCGGCGUUCCCGUUCAUUGUUUCGGCCCAGG